CUUCUGAAAGCAAAAAGCAGGCAGUAGGUGUGUUGAAGACCUACAAGUUUUAAAUACACUCAAGUCUGUUUACUUUAAAAGCAUUUGAGGUAGGCUCCCCCUCAAGACAAAUCAUUCACUUAUUUCUUCCCCCUUUACAGCUGCAGGGAUCUUCAAAAAACGAUCUCAAGUAUGGACCGUCAAACUGCCUACAGUACAAUAAUGUCCAAUUUGGUGAUGCUGGACUUCACAGGAGAUGCUGUUCCUUCAGCUCUGGUUCUCACAGGGGAUGACUCUUUUCCGUUAGUUAUGAAUAAUAAAGGCCAGGUCCUAGCUGCAGCUUCUCAGUAUGGGACGGGCCGAAUGGUAGUCCUGAGUCACGAGUCAUACUUAAGUGAUCCUAGAUUUGCCUGGUUUAUUGAGAACAUAAUCGACUGGCUGAAGACAGCUCCAAAUGUAGUGAUUGGUGUUCAGAGAGGUCUGAAUGCCAUUGUUGACAAUCUCUAUUACACUGGAGCCGAAGUUUUGGUCAAUGAUUGCCCUUCACCAAGUAUGGGGGUCUUCUGCUGUACUGCUUAUGAUGAUAGCUAUGCAGACGCCAUUAUUGCAUUUGUGAAAAAUGGCGGUGGAUUGUUGAUUGGAGGUCAGGCUUGGUACUGGUCCUCUGCUAAUCCUGAUCAAGACCCAUAUGCGUGCUUCCCUGGCAACAAAAUUAUCUCUGUUGGUGGAAUCCAUUUCUCUCCCAAUAAAGCAAAUGUAGGAGUUUAUCCUCCACCCACUGAAAUGCCUACAAACUGGCUGGCAGUAUCAGAUGGAAAAGAUCACAAAGCUGAUUUGGAAUUCCUCCUUAAAGAUGUCACUGAUUUCAACAUAAAUUGUGGUGCUACUGCAUCCCAAGUCAUGGUUCAUGGACCGUUGGCUUUCCCAAUUGCGAUGGACGAGGAUCAUCAAGCCUUUCUAGCUGGGGCUUCCUAUGGCCGUGGUCGAGUAAUUGUGACAACACAUGAGAGCUUUAUGUCCUACAAGCCAUUAAAGACAUUUCUUGUUAAUGCAUUUCGAUGGUUAGAUAAUGGCCGCAAUGGUGUGAUUGGUAUCCAGAGUAAUCUAAAAGCCAUAGUAGACAUUAUCAAGGAUGAUGGAUUUCAGUGCACAUUGACUGACUUUAAAAGUGACCUGAGUGUUUACUGCUGCACUUCAUACAGUGACAAGAACUGUUGUGAAAUCCAGCAAUUUGUCUCAGAAGGAGGUGGAUUGUUCAUGGGAGGCCAUGCUUGGUACUGGUCUUAUAGUAACAAAGACAAAGAUAUCCUCACUGGUUACCCAGGCAACAAAAUCCUCAGUAAAUUUGGAAUAGGGAUUCUGAGUUCAACAGUGAAAAAUUCAGUUUAUAAAGCUCCUGACCCUUCUGAGCAUGCCAAUAAUGCAUACCACUUCCGAAAAAUGUUGACAAAGUUUGCAGAACACAUCCUUGAAAAUAAACCUUUGGCAGACAAUGAGAAAUCUUCCUUGAAGAAAUUAGGUCAAGACUGCUCAUCAUUCCUACAGAUGAAAACUGAGGAUAAUCCAUCAUACAAUACAAUUCGUCAAUUAGUCAGCGAUGUGGUCAUGACGGCUGGUGUUCCCCAGGUUUCAAGAAGUUGUCCCAUUAAAGAUCCCAAAGACAAUGUUCUUCUGAAGCUGGGAACAGAGCUAUAUAAUGUUGUACCCAAUAAAGAGGACCUCCUAAAGAUCAUCAUAAAAGAACGUCCUGAUCUGCCCACCGAGCAAAAUAUAACAGUUGCAAUUGAUGGAAACAAUGGAGGUCAGGAGGCAUGGAGAAGCACUGGCCUGUAUUUGCCAUAUGGAAAGACCACUGGCAUUCUCUUCCCAUCUUCAGUGAUUAAUUCAGGCUGGAUGGUGCAAGUUGGCUGCCAUAUAGACAAUCUCAAUGCUGCCGAUACCCUAAAACGGGCCCCAGUAGUGACGCAGAGAUUUCCUGUCACCAGUGAGAUUAUCCAAGUUUCCAACCUUUGGGGGGGUUUGAUCUACAUUAUAGUACCACAAAACUGUAAACUUGGUCAAAUUUAUAUAAUGGUGCAAGAGGCUGUGAGAGCUCCUUAUUACAAAAUGGGAGAAACCAGUGUAGCAGACUGGCAGCAGACCAUACGCCAUUACCCAGCUCCCUGGGGUGAGGUAGAAUUUGAGAACAUAAUCCUGACUGUACGCUCAGAAGACCUCCGCAAUGUAGAGGAUCCAGAAAAACUUGGUCUACUGUGGAACAGACUGAUGAAAGGGAUUACAGAGUUAGCUGUCAUUCCUCCAAUUUUUAAACGAAAAGAACGUUUUGUGACCGAUGCACAGAUCUCACACGGUUGGAUGCAUGCUGGAUAUCCUGUCAUGGUUCAUUUAGAAUCGACAGGAGGCCUUAUUAAUGCAAAUGACAUUGAAGCCAAUGGCACAUGGGGUCCAAUUCAUGAGCUGGGCCAUAAUCAGCAACAAGGCAAGUGGGAGUUUCCACCUCAUACAACAGAGGCCACAUGCAACCUCUGGUCUGUGUACGUACAUGAGACUGUCCUGAACAUUCCCAGAAAUAAAGCUCACAGUGCACUAGCUCCAGAAAACCGAAUGAAGAAUAUCCAAGAGUAUCUCAAGAAAGGUGCCAAACUACAGCACUGGGAGGUUUUCACUGCCUUGGAGACCUAUCUUCAGCUCCAGGAAGGUUUCGGCUGGGAUCCCUUUAAGAAAGUCUUUGCUGAAUAUCAAAAGAUGGGCAAUGUCAGCAAUGACCGCGACUCCAAGAUGAAUUUGUAUGCAGAGACUUUUGCAAAGACUGUCAACAGAAAUCUUACAUGCUUCUUUAGGGCCUGGGGAUGGCCUAUUAAAGAUGAAGUGGCCAACAAAAUGGCAGCAUUUCCAGACUGGGAUGAAAACCCUAUGAUUAAAUAUACUGUGUAACAACUCGAUGGAACAGUAACUCCAGAUUUCUAUUUUGCAGAGUUUGAAAUAAGUCAAAUGAAACAUUAAACAUAUUAAUGCAGGAUUUGCUACAAUAUGUAAUUCAGAAUAAUUACUAGGAUGUAGUAAUGGUAGUUUAAUGAUAUUUUUAUCUGCUUUGAUGCACUGAGUAAAAUUAAAAUUCAAAGAUACAAACUACAAUUAUUUCAAUAACAUUAAGUCUUCAUUAGAGAAAACGUUUUUUGAAGACAAUAGUGGGAAGGAGCACACACUGUGAGGGCAGAAGGAAUUUGUUUGCAACAAAUUUAAGAAGUUACUUCUGGGUUAAUAUUAGAGGAGGUUUAAACAAUAUAAUAUUCAUGUAUUUUGUUGUAAGAGUGAUAAAAAUGAAUAUGGUUUGAUUGUACUACUUAUGUUUUGUUUACCAUGCAUUCUGUAAGCAGGUUAAAUAUUUUAAUCAUAAUGUCAUAAUCAAGCAAAUUGUCUUCAAUAAAACAUAACUGUAAUAUAAAGAAA